AUGGUUCAGCAGCCCGGCAAGACCGGCCAAGCUGAGCAGCACUCGGCGAAUGGGCUGGUGCACGCGGGUCGUUCCUUGGAGCUCACAGGCCUGGAACGGUUGACAGGGGGCCUGCCGGCUGCCAUGAGCGCUGCUUUGUACCCCAAAGGCUCCCUUCUGGACCUCUUCUGGACGGUCUUCCUGGUGGGCGUCUGGUACUUUAGCAACUUCCAGUUCGGCUUUGGGCUCAAGCGCACCAGCAACCGGUUCCAGAACCUGGAGCUGUGCGUGUUCCUGCUCUGGGUGCUGUUCACCGUGGGGUGGGCGGUGUCAUGGGCUGUCCGCCUCGCCUACACUCAUGUCUUCACCAAAAAGGCAGAGUGUGACGGCAUGGGCAGCCCUCGACGAGAUGAGGAGGCCGCCAUCAAGCACCACAACGACCACCAGCUGGAUGCGGAGCAAGCUGCGGUGGCUAGCAACCAUCUGACGACAGUAGCCGUGCACACCCUGGGCAUGAGCUUUACCUGCCUGGCGUUCAUCGCCGGCAGCGUGCCGGUCGUCCAGGUGUUCAAGAGCCUGGCGCCCAUUUUCACAACAAUCUUCUCCAUGUGCUACCUGAGCGCCGUAUUCCCCUACUCGGCAGUGGCUGCGGUGAUGCUGCUUGUCGGUAGUGCAACCCUGUCCAGCUGGAACACGCCUGGAUUCAACUUGACAGCCGUGCUGAUGUGCAUGGUGACCAACCUGUCGCUGCCACUACGGAACGUCAUGGUCAAACAGCACACUGUGCUGCGGCAGACCCAACUGGCAGCGGUGGGCAAGGCGGGGCCCAACUCGGUGCGCCUGGCGCUGGACACAGCGGUGGACCUCAACUUUGGGGGCAUGGUCAUCCUGACCCCACUCUGCCUCAUCUUCAUGAGCUCGCUGGAGGUGCCGGCCGAGGACGUCGCCAUCGCGCUGCGGUUGGGCAUGCACCGCAUCAUUUAUGAGAUUGCCUCGCUGAUGGUGCUGACCCGCAUAGAUGCCGUCAUGCACGGCUCGCUGGACGUGCUCAAGCGCGCGGCAAUGACGCUGAUAGCCCUUUCAAGCUUCGAGGCCGUUCACCCCCUCAACCUGGCUGGAUCGCUGUUUGCGUUUGCCACCCUGCUCUGGUACAAGCUGUCGGUGUCCAAGCAGGCGUCGGCAGGCGCCUCGGGGCGGGCAUUCUACCUGCCAGACAGGUGGCGAGGGAAAGUGGCAGGGCUGCUAAAGCUCACGCUGUGCUGUGUUGCGACAUUUGCCUUGAGAUUGUUCAUCCAGGCCCGCACCAAGCAGCAGGGCGAGCGGUAA